AUGAAUCUGCGAUCUCUGACCACGAUCAAAGAGGUUCAGAAGUUGACAGGGAAAAUCACCUCCCUCGGCAGGUUUAUUUUGCGAUCAGCAGACAAAAGUCUCCCCUUUUUCAGGGUUUUGAGGAAGCCCAAAAACUUCGAAUGGAAUGAGGAGUGUGAGAAGGCUUUGCAAGAGCUGAAGGAGUACCUGACAACCCCUCCCCUAUUGGCAAACCCGAAAGAGGGUGAAGAACUGUUCCUUUACCUGGGCGUAUCGGAGCAUGCGGUCAGUUCGGUGCUGGUAAGAGAAGAGGGAGGCCAACAGAAUCCCAUCUAUUACGUGAGUAAAAUGCUCCAAGGAGCCGAGUUAAGAUACACGGAGAUGGAGAAGUUAGCGCUCGCGCUGGUGGUCACCGCUCGAAAGCUACGACCAUACUUCCAAUCGCACAGGGUGAUCGUGCUAACGAAUUACCCCCUGAAGCACGUAAUGUCGCGACCUGAAGCGUCAGGUCGACUGAUCAAGUGGACGGUAGAGUUGGGGCAAUAUGACAUAGAGUAUCGACCUAGGACGGCCCAAAAAGCGCAAAUACUAGCAGACUUUGUGAUAGAACUAGCAAAUCAUCCCAAUUUACCCAUAGUCGUCGAGGAGCGAACCCCCAAAUGGAUGCUGCACGUAGAUGGAGCCUCGAACGCCAACAAUGGAGGGGCAGGAGUAUGGAUACAGGGACCGAAGGGAGUCGAGAUCGAGGUAGCUGUUCGUCUGGCCUUCCCCGUCACCAACAAUGAAGCUGAGUACGAAGCGCUCAUACUGGGACUAGAGCUUGCCUUCCAGGCGGGUGCCAAAGAUUUGGAGGUGUUCACGGACUCUCAACUAAUCGCGCUACAGAUCGAAGGAACAUAUGAGACGAGGGAGAAAACCAUGGCAUCUUACAAAGAGAUCGCUCAGCAGUGGAUGAGAAAAUUUGACAGAUGUUCGGUUUUGCAGGUUCCUAGAGCAGAAAACGACAAGGCGGAUGACUUAUCCAAAUUUGGGGCCGCCAUGGAUGGAAUUGGAGAUCGCAAGAUUACUGCUCUAGUUCGAGCGCAACCGAGCAUCGCAGGCGGGGCAGAGGUUCAGACGGUCGCAGAACCCGAAUCAUGGAAGGACAAGAUUGCCAAAUAUCUUGAAGACGGCACCCUGCCCGUUGAUCCCAUCGCCGCUAAGAGAGUCAAAUUCUGA